GACAGCUGUCAAAGGCCUCUCUCUCUAAAAAGAACCGCUCCUUUCAUCGUCCCUGCAUUUCCAUCUUUCCUUUUCUCUCUCCUCCUUCACAUUUCUCCCUAGAUCGAAGCUUCAUCCAUGGCGGCUACUUCAGCUCGCGAAGAGAAUGUUUACAUGGCGAAGCUGGCCGAGCAAGCCGAGCGCUACGAGGAGAUGGUUCAAUUCAUGGAAAAAGUAACCGCCGAAGCCGAGGAGCUGACCGUGGAGGAGCGCAAUCUCCUCUCUGUUGCCUACAAGAACGUGAUCGGCGCGCGCCGAGCCUCUUGGCGCAUCAUCUCCUCCAUUGAGCAGAAGGAGGAGAGCCGUGGCAACGAGGACCACGUCGCUACCAUCCGUGGCUACAGAUCCAAGAUCGAGUCCGAGCUGUCCUCCAUCUGCGACGGUAUUCUUCGCCUGCUGGAUUCGCGGCUUAUCCCUUCGGCUACUUCCGGUGACUCGAAGGUGUUUUAUUUGAAGAUGAAGGGCGAUUAUCAUCGCUAUCUGGCUGAGUUCAAGACCGGAGCCGAGAGGAAAGAGGCGGCGGAGAGCACUCUCGCAGCUUAUAAAUCGGCGCAGGAUAUUGCAACAGUGGAAUUGGCUCCAACCCAUCCUAUUCGCCUGGGACUUGCACUUAACUUCUCUGUCUUUUACUAUGAGAUUCUGAAUUCCCCGGAUCGUGCUUGUAAUCUUGCUAAACAGGCUUUUGAUGAAGCCAUUGCCGAGUUGGAUACCCUGGGAGAGGAGUCUUACAAGGACAGCACUUUGAUAAUGCAGCUUCUUCGUGAUAACCUGACUCUGUGGACUUCAGAUAUGCAGGAUGAUGGUGGUGAUGAGAUCAAAGAAGCACCCAAACAUGAUGAGGAAUAGUGAAGUUCCGGUCAUAUAGGAUUAGUGUCUCCUUUUCCCACCUUUUUUUCUCUCCUUUUUUCCUUUUUUUUUUUUUAAUGGUUUGUUUUUCAAUUGGAAAAGGUGUUUGGUACUGGUUCUCCAGGGUUAUAGUUGUUAGGAGUUCCAGCCAUGAUUUGCAAACCGUUGGAAGUAUCAUUCACUGCUAGUCUGCUAUUUUCGGGCUUUUAUUGAUGUCUUUCUGAUGUUUUCACUCUUAGAGAAUUUGAAGGUUAAUGUUUGUGUCGAGCCCCAGUGGCUUUUCUGUUUGUUGAUGGUUCAACUGGUACAUUGUCUUUUAUAUUGGUGCAUUUGAUUAAGGAUAUUAUUCAGAAAUGUCAUGCUCAUUGUGAUGUGG